GAGAGAAACUGUAUUGAAUGCGUUUCCGAGUUUCAGCAAAAUUCAGAGGACAGUAUUUGUCAAGUUAUGUACAAAUCGGAAAAAUUGCUGACUUUCGUAACCAUUCUACAUUAGUUCCAAAAUCCAACUUCAACCCGGCGCUGGAAGCAUUUCAAAUCAGAAGCUGGAUGCAAACAAGUCCCUCUGUUUUUUCUGCGUUAUUUGUUAAUCUGAUUUUUCAGAAGUGUAUCAGACUCAUCGCUGUCCUAGGGGAGCUGAAUUAUCGGAAUUAACAUUUGUGGCCUGACAAGCGAAGUGUUGAGGUUCGAUGUGCUCGGAGUGUAUAAAAGUUCCUGGGAGACCACUGAUCUGUCGCUGACUUUCUCCCACCCAAAGACCGGCUUUAACCUACUCCGUGUGUCGCUCUUUAACGAUGAUAGCAGAGCCAGUGAAGACCGGUUUCACGCCGGCUCUGGGUCUCCAAGGGGCUCUGAUAUAACUUCACUGGAUCGGACUCAGGACAGAGAGCAGAUUCUUGAUCGCUGCCGUUUCAAUGGGGCUAGAUUUUAGGUAUAAAGCGACUGCAAGAUAAACUGAUUAUUUCCACAGAAAAGUGAAACACAAAAGUGAUAAGCGACCAGCCAGAGACCGAUAACCUUGUUCAGAGUUCCUGGAAAAUUAAGCCAUAAAUGUUUCCGACAAAUAAAGAAGAUUCCAAUUGGAGGUUGAAUAAAUUUAGAAUUGAAGACGCAGGGGUGGCAGAGAUGGCUGGAAGUGAGUAUCGUUGAUAGAAUGGGUCAUCCUUGGUUUUUAAAAAUAAAAGCAGGUAGAGAGCGGUUAAAUCAUUUGUGUGCGAGGGUUGUUAGCUUGGAAAAGGGGUGUUGUCGAAAUACGAUGGGUGGGGAGAACACGGAACAUGUAGUCUGCGAGGACUGGACACGAAUUGGGAUGGGUUCAGGACAUGCAGAAAGUCAAGUGGUGGCACUGUUUGGCAAAAAAAAAAGGACAGACUUCGGACCACGUGAAGCGAGUGGAGCCUGAUUUAAAACCUGACAUUGAAGAUCGGCCGCCGCUCAGUGUGUCUCAAACUUCGGCCGCAAGCAAAAGACUUUUUCUCUGUAUUCCCCCAGGCUGGCGAGGGAGCCCUAGCAACUGCCUAGCCCCGGCCCUUUUGUUCGAACGAAAACACUACAGUGUGUGUUGCUGGCCAUAGAUUAGCACGAUGCCUCUACUAAAUAAUAAAGCAACUGUUUUCAUGCUGUUUCCUGCCUGUACAGCCGGUUGCCGCUAAGGAACUUAUUAGCGUGGCUCCAUCAGUGAGACCUGAGCAGACUGUUUCUGCCCUCCUUCUGAGGGGACGGGGUAGAUUGGCUUGUAUUUUUUUUUACUUUACUUUGGUCCCCACCAGAGCAUUCCCACGUUUGUUUGUUUGUUUGUUUUCCCGCGAGGAGUGAUGAAUAAGCAAAUCUUGCCCGAUCGCAAGCUGGCAUCUGUUGCUCCAAUGAGGGAGUACAGCAGCGUGGACACGAAAGACACGGAGCUGGUGUUGGUGAAGGAACAGAAUGGGCUACAGUACACCAGCACUGCCAUCAUCAGCACUGUGCCCCCAUUGACAGCCGCUGCCCCAGACAGGGAGACCUGGGGCAAGAAGAUCGACUUCCUGCUCUCUGUCAUUGGCUUUGCCGUGGACCUGGCGAAUGUCUGGAGAUUCCCUUUCCUCUGUUACAAGAACGGAGGCGGUGCAUUCCUUAUCCCUUACUUGUUCUUCCUGCUAAUUGCCGGGAUGCCUUUAUUCUACAUGGAACUAGCAUUGGGCCAGUACAACCGAGAGGGUGCAGCUACUGUCUGGAAAAUCUGCCCCAUCUUCAAAGGUGUGGGCUAUGCUGUGAUUCUUAUAGCCCUAUACGUUGGCUUCUACUAUAAUGUCAUUAUAGCCUGGUCCCUGUACUAUCUCUUCUCUUCGUUUACGUCUGACCUUCCGUGGGUUCAUUGCAAUAAUCAUUGGAACAGUCGCAACUGUACUGACCCAAAGCUACUCAAUGCCUCAGUCCUGGGAAAUGGAAGCAAAUAUUCCAAAUAUAAAAUUACGCCAGCUGCGGAGUAUUAUGAGCGUGGAGUUCUCAAUCUCCAUGAAAGUACUGGAAUUCAUAAUUUGGGUUUACCGAGGUGGCAACUUUCCCUCUGCUUGCUUUGCGUGGUAAUCAUUCUCUACUUCAGUCUCUGGAAAGGGGUAAAGACUUCAGGAAAGGUGGUGUGGAUCACAGCGACCAUGCCCUACAUGGUGUUACUAGUACUUCUGAUCCAUGGGAUCACGUUGCCAGGUGCAAUGGAUGGGAUCAAGGCAUACCUCAGCAUUGACUUUGAACGCCUGAAAGAAGCACAGGUCUGGAUUGAUGCAGCAACUCAGAUCUUUUAUUCCCUUGGUGCUGGAUUUGGAGUUAUAAUUGCAUUUGCCAGUUAUAACAAAUUUGAUAACAACUGCUACCGCGAUGCUAUUCUUACCAGCUCCAUCAACUGUGUGACAAGCUUCUUCUCAGGAUUUGCAAUUUUCUCUGUAUUGGGCUAUAUGGCAUUCAAGCACGGAGUUGAUAUUUCAGAAGUGGCAACAGAUGGUCCAGGCUUAGUGUUUGUUAUCUAUCCUGAAGCAAUCUCUACUCUCCCAGGGUCAACAUUUUGGGCAAUUAUGUUUUUCAUAAUGCUGCUGACAUUGGGGAUUGACAGUUCAAUGGGUGGUAUGGAGGCUGUUAUUACUGGAAUUACGGAUGAUUUUAAGUCUUUGAAGACUCACCGAAAGCUCUUCACAUUUGCAACAGCUGGUGGAACUUUCCUGGUUGCUCUCUUCUGCAUCACCAAUGGUGGGAUUUACGUGCUCACGCUACUAGAUCAAUUUGCUGCAGGGACAGCAAUCCUAUUUGGAGUAUUAAUAGAAGCCAUUGGUGUAUCUUGGUUUUAUGGAGUUGACAGAUUCAGUGAAGAUAUCAGGCGAAUGACCGGCUUCAAACCAGGUCUCUAUUGGAGGCUCUGCUGGAAGUUUGUUAGUCCAGCCUUUUUACUGUUUGUAGUGGUUGUCAGUAUUGUGAAGUUCAAGCCUCUAACCUACGAUGAAUAUGUGUUUCCAAACUGGGCUAAUCUUGUUGGAUGGGGAAUCGCUGUGUCUUCGAUGUCGCUAGUACCAAUCUACGCCAUUUACAAACUCUUUACCAUUCGUGGCACCUUAAAGGAGAGAAUAGCAUAUUGCAUCACCCCUGAAAAUGAACAUUAUCUUGUGGAGCAAGGAAAAGUGCAACAGUUUAAGCUCAAGCACUGGCUUGCAAUAUGAAAACUUUCAGCACAACUACAACAUAAGAUGAGAUGCAAUGGAAAUCAACUCCUGGGUCUAGAAAGCUUUUUCUAUUAAAGUUUCAGAAGAGUCAAAUCCCAUUAAAGCUCAUGUCCAAUGCCAUAUCUGUCAUGCUAAAUUGUGGCUGGCUCACCUCCUGAACUUUGGGCAUCAGCACAAGAGAAUUAUUUGUGUAACUCCUUCAAGGAGUUUAACAAAUUACAGCUGUCAACAUAGCAUUAAUUAUUUAAUCUGGAGUAUUACCAUUUCCUUUCUUAGCACCACAGGCACACAUUUUACACUUAGCUGUUUGAAAGCAUCCAGCAAUUUUUCUGACCAAUUUCUUGUCAGUGCAAAAAUGAAAAAGGCUAGCAGUUUGCAUGGUUUCAUUCACACGCAAUAUUACAAACUAACAUGCACAUCAGCUCCCUCAAUUUCAUAAACAACAGAAAACCAUCCACUUUUUAAAUAGAGCUUGCUUUUUACAAUAUGUUUCAAUUUAUGUUUUCUUUGAAUUUAUAUAUUUGUAAAACGCAAGCUUCUCUCAGAAUUUUGUCUCUUCAUAAUUAUUUCUGCUGAUUAUCAUUGUCUUGAAUUUCUGCCAAAGUCUUUUGAACAUGUUUACUUUGAUUAGAUAUUUUGGUUGUGAUUUCUCUUAUCAAUAAACAGAAAAGAGAAUUCCACUUUUAAUGACGAAGAUUCCUUUCAGCAAAGUUCAGCUUGAGUUGAUAACCCAUACGUACUGUGCACACCAUAUUUAUCCUUCAAUUCACCAGUUUAACUGCUGCAUUAAAUAAUGCACAACAGGAUGUGAUUUUGAAAUGUGCUCAGAAGUGAACUUUGUUGACUAGAAGUUCCACUAUCUUGUUUCUAAAUAUGAAAAUCAUGUGAAUCUAUCUAUACGACCAGCCUGAAGAUUUCCUCUUUACAAAUUAUUUUUUCCUCCCCUAAAUUUAACAUGCUACUCAAAACAAUGCAUAUGUGUAAUAAUUAUCAUUUAUCAACUGAGUUUUUAUGGAAUACAUAAAUUCUGUAUUACUAGAUUAUCAACAGUAUUCAGUAUUUAAAUAUGAUUUUCAAAUGUCAUUUAAGUAGUAAGCUAUCCAUUUUACCCAAACUUGAACAAAAGCCCCUGUUAUUUAGAGGUUCUGGAAAUAACCAGUCUAUCUACAAUUUUUUCUUGAGUGGAAUAACAGUAAAAUACUCCCAUUCAACACAUUAGGCUAAAAGUGAAAUGAAAGGUGAUUAAUUUUAAGUUUAUCAUGGAGUCACUGUAAGUUUUAAGGACAUGGAAAACAUUAAUCAAUAUUAGAACUUUGAAUCGUGCCUAAAAAAAUUGAAAACCAUUUUUCUACUUGAAUUCGAUACAAGCAAAAUGUUUAUUGUCUUUAAAUGUAUUUGCUGUUCAAAAACUUUAAAAUAAAGUGGAAUAUAGAUUAUGAUUUUCCAAUUAUCACAGCGCUGAGAUAUUUUUGAAGACAGUUAGUUAGCAAUUGUGUAGUGGUUAGAUUAGAAACAUUGUUAUUACCAAAGGGAGAAGUGACCUCCAGAGGUGUGUAAUAACAUCUCUAAACAGAUAGAUUAAGAAAUAGCUACUAGUGACAUUCUUGUACAUCACACUUAUUGUGGCUGUAGGUUUAGUCAGGCAAGGAGCAGAGGAGUCUAAAAACAGUGGGUCAGAUUACCAAUCAAAAUAGUGGGAAGAAAACAAUCACUGAAUGGGAUGUACAUACGCAGUUUUUUUCUGCAAAAUAAAUCUUUAGCAAUUUAAUUCUAGUCCUCCGCAUAUUUCCCAUCUGUUUUACGUAUUGUCUAAAGCUGCAGGAAUUUGCACGGGUGGGGUUCGUUAUAGGGUUUCACUUGAAGACCUCCCUUGACUGUGGCAGAAAUCCCUUUUACAGGUCAUAGCUGGUGUUUCCAACACAUUUACAAUACAAAACUGGCAAAACUAUGUGUGUUCAUUGUUAUUCACUGCUCCUAAAUCCCCUGGAUGGUAGCAUUCAAAGUGGUGCAUCAUCUUUUACAUUGUGUGACAUUAGAAUAAUUGCAUUGAACUAAAAGUCAGAUUUAUCACAAUAAAUUAUAAAUGACAGAAUAAUUAGCCAGAACUGGGGUUCACCUGCCACACAUCUUAGUAGUAAAAUCCGAGUUAGUGUGAUCAUGGUUGUUGCCCUGUCCACCCAAAGAUAACCUGUAAAUGGCCAAGAACAUUUGCUGAGCAGCUGUUACUGCACUUUCACUAUCACUGACUUACUACUUAAUGUAAAUGUGCAUUAACUAUUCCAAAUCUUUAGCUCUUUAGAUACUUCCAAUAGGUAUACUGUGUUCCAUAAUUGAAUAUUGUCUUUUAAACUGUUACAAAAAAAAUUCAGCAAAAUGUUUUCCAAAGCUAACUGAUGACCAAAAAGCCACAUGGAUAAAUUUACUGAGCUCUUUUAUUCCACUGUUUUAUGUAUAUAUUUGAGAUAAUUAUUUGAUUUAUUUAGGUUAGAUGGCCUUUAUCAUUAAAAUAUUAGCAUUAAGAUUUUUUAAACAUCUUGUAUAUAAUUGUUUCUAAAUUGUAAUCAGCUGUAUGAAGUCAGAGGAUAUUAAAAAUAUUAAUCAACCGAUAUAAAAAAUAAUCAAGUAAUAGCAAUGCUCUUUUCUAGAACAAGUGUUGUAAUUGUUUCUGUGUUAAAUGUUCUCAUGUUAAAUAAUCAGAUAUUUAUCAAAAGUGUGAAUAAAAUAUGUGCUUGUAAAAUCGAUUUUAAUGUACACCUGUUAAAUUUGGCUUUUGUGCUUAGUGUAAAUACCCUCUGUUUAGAACUGUAUUAUACAGAAUUAUAGAAUAUUAUGAUAUUGUGUACAUUCCAAAGUUCUGUUUAAAGUGAGUGCAGACCUCAGAUGUAGUAAAAUAUGCACACUGUAAUAAUAAAGUAUAUCUUCUAAUACUAAUAUCAGA